AGAGGGUCUCAUUGGUCUCAAAAAUAAAAGAACCCAAUCUCCUCGUCUCUGUUAUCCAAAUCCUCUCCCUCUGUUCAAGAAUUAAAAAAUGACGACAAUGGCGACGCAAGGUGCUUGGCUACGAAUGACCUCAUCAGCGAAGUCCGUCGCCAAGUCAACCGUGACUUCAAAGGAACUCGGAUUUCUCACCUCACAGCUCAGCGGCGUCAGAAUCUCUCACUCUCCAAGUGACGUCAUCAAUCGCAUCUCCGUUCCUUCGUUUCCGGGGAUUCAACCAAUCGUCGCUCGUAGGAUCUGCCCUUUUACUGGGAAGAAAGCAAACAGAGCAAACAAAGUUUCUUUCUCAAACCACAAGACCAAGAAGUUGCAAUUCGUCAACUUACAAUACAAGAGAGUUUGGUGGGAAGCUGGCAAACGUUUUGUUAAACUUCGUUUAUCGACUAAGGCCUUGAAGACUAUUGAGAAGAACGGACUCGAUGCUGUUGCCAAGAAAGCCGGCAUUGAUCUUCGCAAGAAAUAAGAUAAUGAUUACGAUGUUGAUGAUUCGCAAAGUUUUAUUAUAUACAUUUUCUUUGCUUCUCCUUUUGCACCCUUUACAUUUCCUUUCUAGAUUUGGUAAGUAUCAUAUGUAAUCUCUGAGUUGUAUCCGAAACUGUUUUUUUUGUUUUUUUUUUGUGUUUCCUUCUCGAGCUGUCAAGAAAAUACUUCAAUGAGAGAGAAACGAAAACAAACUCUUACAUUA